AUGGCUGCCCCGCUUUCAACCUCAGAAGUCCUCCUCAUUCCCAAGGCCUUUCCAUCUACAGAAAGCCUGGAGGAGGUGGUGCAACGAUACAAAAAGCUUCGAUUACAUGGUCUCAAAGUCGAUCCGAAAUCCUUCUCGUCUACCUACAGCGAAGAGUCCAACUUCCUUCCUGAGACAUGGCGAUCUCGCGUUCUAAACCCGAUGUCAAAGACUUUCGUUGCGGCAACUGAUCCCGACCCAGGCGCACAGCCAAAUGACACAAAUUUUGAACUCAUACCAGAAACACAAUUCAUUGGCAAGGAUCCACAUCUUGUAGGGUUGCUACGAAAAGAAUGGGUGGGGAUUGCCACGCUACUAGGCCCAAUUCCGCUUCUCGCAUCCGCUGUCAAUGAAGACAACACGACUACGAAACCAUGGGACGCCUUCAUUAAGGAUCGAAAAUAUAAUAUUCCGUCAGGCAGUCCAGCGCUCGAGGAUGUAGAAGGUUCCCAUCUCGUUUACUUGGUUGUUGGAAUGUUCAUCUCGCCUGAAGCAAGAAGAAAGGGCCAUGCUUCGAGGCUUCUUGAAGCUUUGAUCAAGGAGAUGCGCGAAGAAGCUAGUAGACAUGGUACGAGUAAGGCAAGUAUCACUCUUCAGACAGAACCUGGCAACGACAAUGCGGUGCGACUCUAUGAAAGACUGGGUUUUACUGUUUGGGAUGAGGCUCUGCCAAUGGAAAAUAUGAAGGGAGACAUAUCAUAUAUGGCUUCUUUGGCUAAAGAGUUCGAAUUUAGUUGA